UGCUUAUCGAUUUUUGGUGCACAAAUCAGAAAUUUCGGGGAUUCAUAAUGGAACAACUAUUGAGUCUCAAAAUGCGGUGUUCUUUGAGAAUAUUUUUCCUCGUAAAGACAAGGAAGAAAUAAUUCCGAGAAAAAGGACAUUUGAAGAGGCUAAGCUACCUCAAGAAAUUGAGGAUGAGCCAAGGCGUAGUAAGAGAAUAAAAGUACCUAAGUCUUUUGGUCCUGAAUUUCUAACUUAUAUGUUAGAAAACGAACUGAGAACCAUUCGAGAGGCUUUGACAAGUCCGGAUGCUUCUUUUUGGAAAGAAGCUAUCAAUAGUGAGAUUGAAUCCAUUAUGCACAAUAAUACUUGGGAGUUGGUUGAUUUCCCACCGGGUAGCAAACCUUUGGGAUGUAAAUGGAUUCUUAAAAAGAAGUAUAAAGAUGAUGGAACUAUUGAUAAAUAUAAUGCCCGAUUGGUUGUAAAAGGGUUUAAGCAAACAGAGGGAUAUGAUUUUUUUGAUAUGUAUUCUCCUGUAACUCGAAUCACGUCUAUACGUGUUCUCAUUGCAAUUGCUGCAAUGCAUGACCUUGAGAUUCAUCAAAUGGAUAUGAAAACAACCUUCUUAAAUGGAGACCUCGAGGAAGAAAUUUAUAUGGAACAACCCGAGGGGUUCGUUGCACCUGGAAAAGAGAAAAAAGUGUGUCGCUUGGUUAAUUCGCUUUAUGGGCUAAAACAAGCACCUAAGCAAUGGCACGAAAAGUUUGACAAAGUGAUGUUGUCGAACGGAUUUAACAUCAACGAGUGUGACAAAUGUGUCUAUAUUAAAG